GGUUUUCAUCGUUAGAAGAAGUUCGAAGUUGUGCCAUGGCUAGUUGACAAUUUUAGUGUUUCGUUUUUCAUCGCCGAUUCAAGUUUGCGCCAUUCUCUAAAUAAUCGGCACGUUUUUACGUUCAAACCUCUCUUCGUCACCCAAAUGGCAACUUUCAAAAUCAGUCAGGAUAAAGAGAAUAUUAUACAGUUCCGCCAAAAACAAGACACCAUGGCCACUCAUAAACAACGUUCAGUUUUGGGGAUUUUAGAUGGAAACAAAGCAGGAGAUAAAAUUGAAAAAGGAGCCCAGAAGCCGUCUUUUGGAGUAAGAAAUGACGGUAUUUUAUGCAGUUCAUAUGUUCCCCAACAACAACAACAGAGUCAGCGUAAUGCUUAUCCUGUUGCUCAAUUUCAAGCCUUCAAGGUUUAUGAAGACACUCCUGAACAAGCAGAAGAGAAUUCUGAUGAUUCAGAAAAUGAACCAAUGGAUUUGGCGGAAGCAAGUGGAACAGUUGAAGAAAAUGAUGCAGUCGUGGAAAAUAAACCAAAAUUUAAUUUUUCUGAUUUGGCCCUUCGUCCUAAAUCUCCAAAUGGAUCAGUUUCUUUUUCUGAAUAUAGUUUCAACACAAGUGGGAGGUCUAGAGAAUUAGAAGUUGAUGAAUAUCAGGAAGAUAUUUAUAAAUAUCUGAGACAAGUUGAGCUCACUAAUAGACCAAAACCAGGUUACAUGAAAAAGCAGCCAGAUAUCACUCAUAGUAUGCGUACUAUUCUGGUAGAUUGGUUAGUAGAAGUGGCUGAAGAAUACAAGCUGCACACCGAGACAUUGUAUUUGGCCGUCAAUUUUAUAGACAGAUUCCUUAGUUAUAUGUCAGUCGUCAGGGCCAAAUUACAACUUGUGGGAACAGCUGCUAUGUAUAUUGCUGCGAAAUAUGAAGAAGUUAUUCCUCCAGAUGUAACGGAAUUUGUAUAUAUAACUGAUGAUACAUACACGAGAAAACAAGUUAUAAGAAUGGAACAUUUGAUUCUGAAAGUGCUACAAUUUGAUCUAUCGACACCUUCACCAGUUGCAUUUAUAAAAAUCAUGUCUACGAUGACUAAAGAAGUUAGACCUAGGGUUAUGGAAUUAGCUAUGUAUAUCUGCGAGUUGGGGCUUUUGGAGGCUGAACCGUUCCUGGAGUUCAUUCCAUCAAUCCUUGCCGCAUCCGCUAUUGCCAUAGCACAGCAUACCCUUGGAGAAGAAGUUUGGCCAGAAUCGUUCGUUCAGAUACUAGGAUACAAAUUGCACCAAUUAAAAAGAUGCAUAAUUUUCUUGGACAUCAUGUUCAAGAAAGCGCCUAACAUGUCUCAAAAAGCUAUCCAUGAAAAAUACAAGUCCCAGAAACAUCAACAUGUUGCGAAAAUCUUGCCGAGGGAGGAAAGCCUGAGAUUCCCAGAGAGGGUUCCACAAAACGGUAAUCAUCAAUGAAUUAUACUGAGAAUUUAGUCUAUCGAAUUGGAAGGAUUUUAAUCCUUUAUUGGACAAUUGUUGUCUUCAGUAUCUCAUGAUACUUCUUUUAUCAACUGCAUGAAUUUUCAUUUUUGAAUUUGAACAAAUAACAUUUGCAUUCAUUUUUUGAAGUUAUUAUUGAAUUAAUUUUUACAUCUUGCAUAUUAUUAUAAAUAUGCAUCUCAAAGUAACAUUCUGUUGAUAAUGUUGAUUUUUAUUGUAUUAUACUGGAGCACUUUUCUCAUGAAAUUUUUCACAAAGUUGAUAAGGAAAACAAUGUAUUGUAAAUAUUAUUUAUUUUUAUACUGCUGAUUUUAGUACUCAGUCUCGAAUGUAGUAAAUUGAAUUGUUAAUCAAAUAAUAAACUGUAAAAUGAUAAA